AUGGCCGCAUCAGAAGCCGUCACGAGCGUGGAGCUCACCUCGCUCCCCAAGAUCGCCACCGGCAAGGUGCGCGACCUGUUCACCGUCGACGACAAGACGCUCCUCUUUGUCGCGUCGGACCGCACAUCCGCCUACGACGUCGUCAUGGCCAACGGGGUGCCGGGCAAGGGCGUGAUCCUGAACCUGGCGACCGUGUUCUGGUUCAAGCUGCUCACGGCCAAGGUCGCGGGCCUCAAGACUCACUUUCUCGGCACGGACGCGCCGGCGUCGCUGACCGAGGCCGAAAAGGCCGUCGUGCGCAGCAGGAGCAUGCGCGUCCGCAGGCUCAAGGUCUUCCCCGUCGAGGCCAUCGUGCGCGGCUACGUCGCCGGAUCCGCCUGGGCAGAAUACAAGACUAGCGGCACGGUGCACGGCCUGCAGGUGCCCGCCGGCCUGAGGCAGUGCGACAAGCUGCCGAAGCCCCUGUACACGCCGUCGACCAAGGCGGAGCAGGGCGACAAGGACGUCAACAUCACGCCGGCGCAGGCGGCCGAGAUCGUCGGCGACAAGUACGCGGCAGAGAUCGAGAGGCUGGCGCUGGCCGUGUACGAGGCCGCGGCGGACUACGCGGCGGACAAGGGGAUCAUCAUCGCCGACACCAAGUUUGAGUUUGGGUUGGACGAGGAGACGGACGAGGUGGUCCUCGUCGAUGAGGUGCUGACGCCUGACUCGUCAAGGUUCUGGCCCAAGGACAAGUACGAGCCCGGCCAGGAUCAGGAGAGCUUCGACAAGCAGUUCAUCAGGAACUGGCUGACGGAAAAUGGGCUCAAGGGCAAGGAAGGGGUUGUGCUGCCUGAGGACGUGGUCAAGGCGACGAGGGGCAAGUACGAGGAGGUGUUUGGAAUGUUGACGGGUAAGACGGUCGAGGAGGCGCUGAAGGAUGGGUUUCCGGUGUAUACCAACCUCCUCAGUCCUACCUUCCCACCUUUGUACCCCAUCUCCCAGCCUCGCAACGACCAAAAGGUCCAACGCACCAACCAGAGCAACAAAACCAGUUGGCCCGCACACCAUGAAUAUGCAAGUCCUCCUCGACGUGCAUACACAUGCAUUUCCCUGUACAACCUAUUGGCUCGACUACCACCAUCCAAGUGGAGGAGGGGGUCUGCUGCUGCUGCAACGACGGCAAGAACGAGAAGCGAAGGAAAUUUCGAGGACACCACCACCAUAAGCAGGAUGAACCUGAAUUUCGAUUAUGUCGAGCCGCCAAGGAACGGCUCGUAUGCCCGCAAACCGAAAAAAUCACACGCCACAAAUAGAAGAUCAGAGAGAAGAAUAGCUUCAAGUAGCAGCUACACAGAGUCCACGAGAUUACGAGACAGACGAUACAACGAUUACGACGAUUCUACGACUGCUGCUUCGGAUAUUGCUCAACCAAGCGUACUGCCAGCUUGCCCAUCUCCUCCAGGGACAGCUUCAAGUUGGCCUUCCGAGUCGGAAAUCUACGGUCCAGACCGCUUCAACGGCCCAGAUUACACCCCAUAUUACGGACCAGAUCGCUUCAACUGCUCGGAUUUCGGCCCAGAUUACGAACCAGACCGCUUCCUUGGUCAGCGUCAAGCACCAGUCAUACUGACGGAGGCUGCUCUGGCAGAAUUGAGGAACGAUCCGGACCUCACUCUGGACGACGUACCGGACAUCGGCUACCAGUACAUGCUGGAGGGGCGAGCAGCCGCCGCUCAGGGCAUCUCUAUCAAAGACAGGAUGGCUCUGGAGGCCGGCCAGGUCACGCCCGGCUUGGAUGACACCGAGCACCUCCAGUAUGCCAUUGAAGCAAUCACAAAGGACUUCCGCAAGGGAGGGCCGUCGAAUGUUACGGACAGCAACCAAUCCGACUAUUAUGAAAGGUCGAUACCUGAUCAUGACUAUCCCGCAAAAUAUACACGACAUGCAGGGCCUAGAGGCGUGACCCCACCGCCCGACGGUCGAAUGGAGCGUGACCUACAUCUCCAGAAAAACCAAUCGCAGCGUAAAGCAAGGGCCGAGAAAAAGAGGGAUGCUAGCAUUUCCCAGCCUUCCUCCCAGUCCACAUUGGUGCGACAUAGCCAGCCUCCCGGUGUGGUUGAAGUUUCGAAAGAAACCGACCCCAAGAGCACUGGAAAGUAUCCCGACAGAUUUGAGGCGUCGUCUUCCAGGAGCAAAACUCACUUAUGUUGCCGGCCCCGUGUAUUACAGCACCAAUCUCUGUCGAUCCUCAUGGGUCUAUGUGUGGUGAUAAUUGCACUCCUCAUGUUCUGCGCCAUCUACUCGCAGACCAACUCUGGCUUUGUCAACUACAACGGUACUAUAUAUGGAGGCCAAUUCUUCGUAUUUCGGAUGCUGCCGCAACUUCUCGCCUCGGUUGUUUUGUUCUACAGUCAGGCGGUACUGAUGACCACGCUGCGCAUUUUGCCUUUUGUGCGAUUAGCACAGAGUUCGGUCUAUUUUCGGAGUGGAGCCCUCUUUGAUGAUAUAUAUCGGCCGUCAACAUAUCUUUUUCCGCGUCUGCCUCUGCCAUUACGGCCCGCCCCUUACCAUGUCUCGACCGAUCCGAGGGACAGACCCUACCCCGGUCGGCCGCCUAAGCAAGUCCGGAAUCACAACUAUAGACAGACAAUUUUUGCGCGAGUUCUCUACUAUUGGGACCUGUGUCUGCCAUUGCUCAUGAUGUGGUUGGUGAACUUCACUAUACCCUUGCAGAGCUCCAUGUUCACGGUUGUGUAUAUUGGUGACGAUACCUGGCGCUGGGCGACGGUUCAAGGAGUCGCAUGGACACUUGUAGCGCUGUACCUCGGCUUAUUCCUGGCCAUAUUUUUGACAAUGAGAUACUGGCAAAGCAAUCCCAUAACAGGGCUUGCCUGGGAUAUUCGGUCAAUUGCGGAUGUGGCGGCUCUCGUGUCGCACGGAAACCACCCCGAUACCAGUCCUGCUUUCAAUCUGCUCAAAGACUACCGCGAUACUGAAGUCAUGGCCUCUCGCGACGAGCUCAGGUGGGCUCUGCGAGACCGUGAUAGUGACAGGCUUUCUAUGUGGGAAAUGACGAUGGAUUUGGGGACAGGCCCCCAGCCAGGAAACGCGGCUGAGUUUGAGAACAUCCCAACGCGAGGCAAUAUGAUCGAGUACGGCCUCGGUUCGGCAAGAGGCCAUGAGCUAGAUCUCGCUAGGUGGAGGAAUGCGAAAUAUCCGAUUACGCAAAGGGUGCGAGAAGCUCGUGAGCGCAUUCUGUCACAAGAGUCUCGGCGCGACAUGGCCACAGAGAAGGAUGAGGAAGAUAUUGAUAUCGAGGCUUCACCACACAAUAGGAGGGUGCGGUAUCGCUGGUUGCCUUGGUGCUUCCGCACUCGACAAUUGGUAUUCUUCAUCAUCGCCAUGGCCGCCAUGCUGAUCACGCUGCUGGCUGUCUCAUUUGCGCCUGCGACCAACAUUCAAAACGGCUUCUUGCCAGGAGUGCGCGCUGGCCCCGUUGACGGAAGCUUUUCUUCUGCCAACUUUUUGUAUAGCUUCCUCCCUGCCUUCCUUGGCAUGCUCCUGUUUCUCAGCUUCCAGAUAUUGGAAAUGUGGUUACGCAUACUUCAGCCCUGGGGUGAGCUCACGACUGGACAGGAGGGAGCGUUGCCCGAGCGCUCAGUGCUUGCAGACUACGCAGCUUGUGCGCCACUGCAAGCGGCCUACCAUGCAUACCGCAACCGUCACUGGCGUGUCGCCGCGAUCCAUACCCUGUCUGUUAUAUUUAUUCUGAUCCCCGUUGUGGGCGGCGGGAUGUUCAUGGCGCUCACCACCGACGAGAAUGAAGUGCGCAUGGUGCCCAACAUUCCAGCCUUUGGAUUCCUGCUGGCGCUCCUAGCUGUCUACCUCAUGACACUCGCAUCGUUCCUCCAUGGCAGGGGGGCCUUCAAGCUCCCGCACGGGGUGACGUGCUUGGCCGAGAUUAUAUCGUUCGUGGCAAACGACGACGUGGCCGAUGACAAGGUUUUCCACGACAACAAACUCAGCAAGUCGCAGAUGAUGCGCAAAAUGGGCGUUGGCAAACCCCCUCAGCACCAGGAUCGAUGGCGUUUUGGUCUUGGCGCGGGACGGGACGGGCGUCUCGGCGUGAGAAGGGUCGUCAGGUUCACCGAGAGUCCGAGAUCGAGCCGGCGAAGCAGGAAGGCGUCGGCUAUGGGUGUGGGUGGGAGUUCAGCUCGCAGAGAUGGUAGCGGCGGGUCGAAGUAUGGGUGA